AUGCCAACUUUAGUCGAUGACAUCCUAUGGUGUUAUCAGCGAUACGAUGCCAAGCGGCGGGUAAUCCAGUUUGCGCUCACGUAUAUCCUAGGAUGGGAAGUACCUCUACCUGAAGAAAUUUGCAACGAGAAACAAACUGUUACGCUUCGGAAUUUUUUAAAAGAAACAUCCGGAAUUAUAAAGUCGCUUCCACCAUUCGAGUAUCCUAAGGAGCGGCUGAUAUGCAUUCCUUCGAGAUCUACACUGAUAACAUGGCUGGUUCGAUGCCAGCUCUUCAUGAUUGGAAACGAAUCGAUCGACAAAGAAACGAAGAAGAACGUAAUUCUGGAGUUUUUUAACUCCCAUUUUCACAAGUGCAAUCUCUGCUGGCGAAGCUUCAACAAAGCUUCACCGGAAGAUAUUGACAAGGAAUGCCAAGCUAGCCGAGCCAUGCUGGAGAAAUAUUUGGAAUCGGAGGGACUCGCCCCAAUAAAGAAGCCAAUCGAGCUAGUCGACUACGUAAUAACCUAUUGUGGCAACGAAAUACAAGGCGAGGAAUUCGAACUUGGCACUUUAGAAGACCUCUUUUCGAAACCCGUUGGGUUUUACUUGCAAUCAUAA